AUGUUUCUUACCUCCCCUCGCAACAGCAUUGCCGCCCAGGAAAGUCUACUCAAAACUAUCGGCUGCACGAAAAUUCUCACUCCCACUCCACGGCCAGCAGCUGCCACCGCGAUGCUCGAUGCACUAUCGUUGUCAGCGUAUGAAGUCCCGACUGUUGACGACUUACUGGCUAAGGAGUACCCACAUUUUGAGUACACCAAAUCCUACCCUGCCGACGCGGACGACAUUAUGGCCAUCAUUCAUACCUCUGGUUCUACCGGCAUCCCUAAACCAAUUAUCUGGAGGCUGUCCGCGUCAUGUAACCACGUGCGCAUGUUCCGAUUAAAUGCACCAGACGGGUUCGCAAACCAACAUAAGUUGUUGGUUGGAAAGAGACAAUUCUUGCCUUUUCCACCUUUCCAUGCCGGGGGUCUAGCAUGCCUGAUGUUCAUCAACAUCCCGGCAGAUAUUACAAGUAUCCUUCCUACUGCCGCGGGACUUCCCACGGCUGCUGCCCUGGUCGAUGCUCUGAAACAGACACCCAUGGACAUCGCCGCUCUUGUGCCGUCAAUUGUACAGGAACUAGCGCAAGACCCGGGACUUUUGGAUUAUUGCGCCAAAACUCUGGAGUACUGCAUUUAUAUGGGAGGGGAUCCACCUCAGGCAGUUGGUGACAAGGUUGCGGCCAAGAUGAAACUCUACAAUGCCUACGGAGCUUCUGAAACAGGACUGCUCACUCCGAUUUAUUCGCUGACCAAUCGAGAUCCAUACAAGGGUUGGAGGUAUAUCCAAUUCCAUCCGGCUUUGGGGUCCGAGUUUCGUCAGGUUACGGAUACCGAGUACGAACUUGUUCUGGUCCGGUCGCCAGAAAGCGAGAAAUAUCCUAUGACAUUUAGGAUCUUUCCAGAGCUGAAAGAAUAUCACACACAUGAUCUGUUUGUCCGCCAUCCAGAUCCCAAUAAGCCUGACUUGUGGCGCUGGGGCUCUCGCUCAGACGAUCUGAUAGUCUUUCUCAAUGGCGAAAAGACAAACCCUGUUUCUAUGGAACAAAAUAUCCUGGCAUCCAACGCUGGUGUGACUGGAGUUCUGGUAGCUGGUGCACAGCGAUUCCAGGCCUCAUUGGUCAUUGAGUACGGCGGUAAGAAGCUAAGCCCGACUGAAUGGGCCGCUACCAUUGAGACAAUCUGGCCCAGUAUUGAAGAAGCAAAUAAGGUAUGCCCAGCUCAUGCCAGAGUUGCUCGGAGCCACGUUAUCUUCACCAGUCCUGAAAAACCAUUUCCUCGUGCUGGCAAAGGAACCAUUCAGCGAGCUGCUGCCUUGGCUCUAUAUUCUUCGGAGCUUGAAACGCUGUAUGCAAAUGCAGAUCGCCUCGGAUCACAUACUAAGGGCGAGCUCGCGGGACCUGGGCGGGUUAGUGACAUUGAGCGCAACUCCGAAUUCAUUCUCCAGACUCUGUCAUCAAUCACUGGCUGGACUCCUGAUCAAAUCAGGACCUCGGAGAAUUUCUUCCAUUUAGGAUUGGACUCCCUGCAGACAAUCACAGCCACGCGAUACUUCAAGCGUGGCUUUGAAUUGCCCUCUUUCACUCCUAACCAUAUUUAUCUUCACCCAUCUCUCUCGAGUUUGGCGCAGGCCACGAUAAAACUGAUGCAAGAAGAUCAGGUUUUAGAAAAGGUUAUCAAGGAGGCACAAUUGCAGGAAAGAGAGGAGAUCUUGACAGAUUUCAUCGCCAAGAUUGAUGGCCCUCGCAUCAAUGCAUCAAGCGAAGAUCUUCCAUCAUCACAUACUGUCUUGCUGACUGGCUCAACCGGGACCCUGGGUACAUACAUUCUUGAUGCGCUUCUCGAGGAUACAUCAGUUGCGCACAUUCACUGCCUCAAUCGCAGGGAAGAUAGCCAGAACUUCCAGCAAAAGAAAAGCGAGUUCUAUCAUUUGAACUCCACCUUCGACUCUUCUCGGGUCACCUUCUGGCAUGUAGAUCUAUCUCGAAAAGAUCUUGGAUUGGAUGCAGAGUCAUUCAAGCUCCUUCAUGAGUCAACUACCGCCAUCAUUCACAAUGCUUGGAAUGUGAACUUCAAUCUCUCACUUCCGUCAUUCAAGCCCGAUCUAUUGAGCGUGGUCAACCUGAUCAAUUUUACUGCGACGGCUCCCAAGAUACCCACCUUAUUCUACCUUUCCUCCAUCAGCUCCGUCAUGGGCCAUCAAACAGACUCUUGUCGGACGCCAGAAACUAUUAUUUCCACCAAUGCCCCCGCUCCGAACGGAUAUGCCAACAGCAAAUACGUCGCAGAGAGACUUCUGGAUCAUGCAGCUCAAAAUCGCGGAAUCCGCACAUCUUUCGCCCGAGUUGGCCAAGUAGCUGGAGCAGUUCACACACCUGGCCUCUGGAACAAAGCAGAGUAUUUCCCCAGUCUGGUGAGAAGCUCGCUACAGAUUGGCGCGGUCCCAAAUAGUGUUGGUCCAACUAUUGGUAGAAUUGACUGGGUACCUAUCGAUCUACUUGCUGAGGUUUUGAUUGAUCUGGCCUUGCGUGAGUCUCAACCAGGCCGCAUAAACGUCUACCACCCAUUGAAUCUUCACCCAACGACAUGGAGCGAGAUCAUCGCCGUUGUCGCGAAUGAGCUUUCCCAGCUUUCUGGUGGUAAGCCUAUCAAGUCCAUCAGUAUCUCGGAGUGCGUGCAGCGGGUGCGACACGAUAUCGAGGCCGCGGGUGGAAGUCGGAAAGUGGGAGGCGAGUCGGACCUGCAGGAACUUUUGGAGAAAAACCCUGCAGCAAAGUUACUCGAAUUCUUCGAAGGGUUGCUGUCUGUGCAAUCAGCAAGUAUCUUGGACACGCAGAGCACGGCUAGUGUCAGUGGGAAGUUGGGGUUGAUUGGGGGGAUCAAGGAGCAGUGGGUUCGUAAGUGGGUGAAGGAGUGGAUGUAG